UUUAACUUGUUUCUAAAGUUACCCGUAACCACUUUAAGCGCUUUCAUUAAAGUUGGCAGCAUUGUCAUGCUGUCAAAAAUGUCAAUGUCAAAAACGUCAAAACAAAGGCUAAUCAAAAGUCAAAACUUCCAAUUUCCAAAUGAACAACACUUUGCUUCGAGUUUAGCCAUAGCCUGCUUUUCUUUUAAAUCAUUUGCCUAUUUUUAUUUAUGUUUAUUCCAAACUUAGUUCUUUUAUGAAGUGAAUCCAAUCAUGGCGUCGCAUUUGAGCACCAAAGACCGGCUACUAUCUAUAAUAGACGACAUGGAACUUAUCGCUAAGGAGAUAAUAGAAGUGUCCAUAGCCCCAAAGCCUCAAAAACUCUCCGCGGCAGACCACGCACAACUGACUGAAUUGCUUCUAUCAAAAGACGCAGAACUGAAAAAGACCUUGGAUUUAGCUGAUGAACAGGCCACAAUACAACAGAAAAUGAAUGAACUUAAAGCUGAAGUGGACAACAAGGAUCAGGACAUUCACCAUUUACAAAGGCAGCUAAAAGAUGCUGAGCAAAUAUUGGCCACAUCUUUAUAUCAAGCGCGACAGAAACUUGCUUCAAUAGUGAAAUCCAGAAAACGACCAGUACCAUCUGAAGAGCUGAUUAAAUAUGCACACAGGAUAAGUGCAUCAAAUGCAGUGAGCGCACCGCUGUCCUGGCAGCCUGGAGAUCCAAGACGUCCUUACCCCACAGAUCUGGAGAUGAGACUGGGUAUGCUCGGCCGCCUCUGUGAUCUGCCACUAAAUGGUCACACUCCCUCCACACUGAACGAACUGCAUCGAAUAACCACUGGAGGAGUUCCAGCAUCGGCAACAAACCAGUUCACGUGGCAUCCAUCCGGCGAGCUGCACAUGUCGGUGGGAGGCGGCAACUCCGUCGCCAUCGACGGGCGCAGCAAGGACGCGCCCGCGCAGGAAGAUGUCGAAGUCAUGUCUUCUGACACCAGUUCAAGCUCAAGCAGUGACUCACAAUAGUAUUAAGUACUUGUGGUUGAUUGAUGCAAUUAGACAAUUAUUAAGUUCUGAAUCAACAGGUGGAAACUCUGAUAGAUAUGAUAAUUGUUCCUAGAAUCAAUACUCAAUAAGUACACAAGGAUGAUAUUGCUGGUUGAUGAAAUUAAAAAUGGAGGCCCUUGUGUACCUUUUCAAGGUAACGUGAGCUCAUUUAAUAUGGAAUUGGACAGGCAAAGGUUGUGCUUUGACAUAAUUUUUUUAUGAUAAAGGCUUGCGCUUGCCAGCAAUCACACCAGACAAUAGGUGAUAAUGCAGCUCAUGCACCCUAAGGUGGGUCCGACCUGCCUAGAAGUAGCCUAUUCACUUUUCUUUUGAACCUACCAAUAUUAUAACUUAUGGGGACAAUGGAAGGAACAUAAUUCAGUUACAGGUUUUUAACAAGAAAACUUAGGACACAGUGAUUUUAAUGUAACUUUUCAAAAACCUGUCAACCGUAAAUUUUUCAUGUAUCUUAGUAUGGAGCGAUAAAUGUAAUUUGACUUUAUAAAUAAGUGUCCGAUUUUACUCACGUGAUUAGUCGAUGUAAGCCUGACUAGUUUCGAACCCAUCCGGAGUCCUUUUUCACAGGGAUUGUCCCAAAGGCGUCGCGGUUGACACUGAAUUCUGCCUUCUUAUAUACCUAUUUUUAUUUAUAAUGGAAAUCUCUCACGAUUGUUUAAAGUAAGGUGAUUUCUUCAUGCGAAGUCAUGGCCUCAAAGCUUCCUCAAAGAUUUACAUAAAUACUAUACUUAAUUAAACAUUUUUACGGAAAUUUGACAAACCACACACAUAGACUACAAAAUUUUAUUGAGUUUGAGACUUUGUUGAGUUUGAUUGUUUAAUAUUCAAAUGAGAACCGUACUACGUUUGUAUGAAAAGCACUGAAGAGCGUGCUAGGGUUACUUCUGUGCCCUGUUUAUCUUGAAAUCUUACACUAAGGGCCUACUUGCCAUUUUAAGGCAAUAUCAAUUUACUUUUGGAGUAAGAUCCCACUGCCACCAGACCUUCCCUUAUUUCUGAGAAUCAAUGUGUGGGAUAGAGUAAUUUUGUAAUUUUUUUUAAGAAUAUGUACCAUGCUAAUCGUGACUAAUACUCCCCUUUCCCCUCCAAUUAAGCAUAAAGCUUGUGCCAGGAGUGGGUACGACAAUAGUGCAACGGGUUUGGUUUAAACCGCCGACCUUUCGAAAUUCAGUCCGCUCCUCAACCUUUGAGCUAUCGAGGCUCUUAAUAGUGUAGUAAUCGAGUAGUGUUAGUGUGUACCUACUAUUAACGUACACGUCAUAUCUGCUAGCUUGUGCCGUUGGCCAAUUUAUAAGUAUCAGCUACUGCCUACUGAAAGUACCUAUUUAAAAAAAAUUACUCACUUUUCUUAAAGUCUGACUGCUGAUGUUUAUGUAUAUUUUACAGAAUAUCGUUAAUAAUUAAUAUCCAAUACUGCCAGACACUUUCCUGUCGGCGGUAAUUUCCACCAGACACUUUAAAGCUCGCAAAAAAAAAACAGUUUAUUUUACUUAUAGUCUAAGUCUAGUAGUUUUGUAUUAUGAUACUCAGGAAAUAUACAUAAAAAUUAGUACUCAGACAUUAAGAAAAGUGAGUAAUGUUUUUACGUUCCUUAAGCAACUGAUAUCUUUAAAUUGGCCCGAGGGACAAGCUAGCAAAUGCGUACAUUAAAACACACUAGUACUACUCUAUCCCACGCUUUUUAUUUCUCAGAAAAUAAGGAACGUCUGGUGGCACUGGGAUCUUGGACCAAUACUACUGAAUCUAUUCUUCGAUUGCGGUUAUCUAAAUGCAAGAUACGCAUAGUAAGACUGGCUUAAAUGUAUGGUUUUUAGUUUAAUUAAAUGAAGUACAUGUUAAAUCAA